GCGCGUCUCAGCGCACAGCUGAGGUGAGAGGAAAACAGCAUGAACUGAUGAGAUCUGACCGCGCGACCUCAAACAGUUGGACGGAGCUGAAAAACAAGAGCGAAACUAUCAUCAACAGCGGAAAAAGCUCGAAGAUGGUUGACCCAGAUGUUACACGGCAGCUGUUACAUGCUGUUCAGCAGAUUAAUGAUUCAACGACAGCCGCCACCCGUCCCUCCCGCACAGAGGGCUCUUUAACCCGGAACAGUGGAAUCAUCCCUGGUGCAAUUGCAGCUACAGUGUUCAUUGCCUUUUUACUUGCUCUCUAUGCAGUCCUCUGGAAGUGCAUGGUGUCACCACCUCAAAGAAAGCACAGCAAGGUGAGGGUAAGAGUGCAACAGAGGAAUUCUGUGUGAAGACUGCCUUCCAGGUCGCGUCUGUUCAGCAGGUUUUUUUUGGAUCGUAAUGGUGCAGACUAAAAUCUGAGAGCAGACUUUGCUCCCAGUCAGAGAAAAGCACCAGAGUGACAGUAUGCUGCUGAAGAAGAUCCUCCUCCUAAUAGAUCCAACAAGAUCAAACCAGCAGAAAAACCCAAAACAAAACUGAGUGGACAUGUCACCAGUUUUACUCUCUGCUGGUGGCUCCAUGAUGACAUGAAUCACUUUUUUUGCUAGGUCAGAUUGUGCUUCUUUUUUCUGGCUUUUUUCUGGCUUUUUCUCCCCCGUGAACUCUGCACUACUGAGGAACGAGGCCACGGCCCGCUCCAGUGACCAAUAAGCUGUGUGUGUCUGAGAGAGAGUUUGUGGUAUAUUUAGUAUAUGUGUUUUUACCUGCACCAAAUGGGCAGUUGCACGUUAAGCAUGUCCUCCAUUCUUGCAUAGUAUUUCUUAAUGACAUCAGUAGAUUUCAUUUACAUCCAUUUUAAUCUGUCAUCUGUCAUGUUUUUGGUAAACACCCUGGAGCUGCCAGGGUGCUGAGGACAGUCAGCAAAUCACCUCCACUUGAGUCCUUAGACAGCAUUUGCUAUAGAAAUCCUGGAAUUGAUAUUAAUUUAGUGUUCUUUGUUGUCUUCUUUGAAGUCUUUAUAGUUUCAAUUUACUCAGGAUGUUGUAAGUACUGUGACUUUUGACUCUAUAAUAAACUGUGGUUUAUGUUUUUU